UGACAUUCAAUUGAUGUCCAGUUGAUAUUCAAUUCGUGUCCCGUUUGCACAAUUGAUCGAUGUACAGCCAAGCCUCGUCCUCGGCCCGUGCCCCGAUAGCGGCUCCGUGCUGUCUUGCCUCCUUCCAUGGGAAUCCAAACAGCCCGUCCCAAUCCGUUGGCCGCUCUCUCAAACAGUUUGUUCCUCGUCCCCCCACCACCACCAUCCGCCGUCGCCCCUUUUCCCUGCCCUGACUCGGCUGUCCUCCUUCGAUCCCGUCCGCAUCCAUCCGAUCCAUGAUGGUCUUCUCUGUUCGUCUGUUCUGCUCGCUUGUGUGGCUGUCCUGCCUCUGCAUCUACGGCGCUGCUGUUGUCUCCCCGGCGUCGUCGGGAUUCGUCGCUUCUCGUGAUGCCUUCCGGGUCGGCCCGCUUCCGUAUGCCUCUGGCGAAUCACCCAUCGAAGGCUCCUUCGCAGGCCACAUCCCCAUCCGCGAAUGGAAUGACGACCAGGGCCGCAACGGCUCCGCCCAGAUGUUCUUCUGGUACUUCCCGGCCCAAGCGCCUCUGGUCUCGAAUCCGCCCCUGGUCCUGUGGCUCCAAGGUGGCCCUGGCUCGUCCUCCAUGAUCGGUCUGUUCCAUGAAAACGGCCCUCUGUUCAUCGACAAUGGCGAGCUCCGGCGCAACCCGUUCUCCUGGAACCAGCGACACUCGAUGCUCUUCAUCGACAACCCCGUCGGCACCGGAUACAGUUUUGUCCACCCCCGCGAUGACUCCAAGGUCCCUGUGAUCUCGGCCGAGCAGCUUGCCUGGGACAUUCUGCUCUCUGAUCAGAGCAGCCAGGGCCAUACCAUCACCGCAGGUCGCCAGCCACCCGCCUACCAGCACGGAUACACUCAGAACCAAGAGGCCAUUUCCGCCGACCUUAUCACCUGUCUGCUGGCGCUCUACUCCCAUUUCCCCGAGCUCCGGGCCGCCCCGCUUUAUCUGACGGGCGAGUCUUACGCCGGCAAGGUCAUCCCUGCGCUUGGCAUGGCCAUCCACCACCACAACCAUGCCGCAGCCCUUGCGCCCGAGCUGAGCAUUCCUCUCGCCGGUGUUGCCAUCGGAAACGGCCUUACCGACCCCGCCACCCAGAUUCUGGCCUAUGCACCUCAGAGCCUGGCCCUGGGCCUGGUCUCCCGAUCGCAAGCAAAGGACAUUCACGACAUUGCCCGGCUGUGUGUUGCGCACAUCCACCGCGGCGAGUUCACAGCCGCUACCCUGGUCCGCAACCACCUGUUCGAAUACCUCAACAACCACACCGGCCGCGUCAACUGGUAUGACGUCCGCAAAGGCGGCAUCCAGAACAACUGGAGCGAUCUCGAUGUCCUGCUCAACCAAGACUCGGUCCGCAAGAGUCUCAACACCCUUGCGUCCGCCAGCGGCGGCGUCUUCGACAAGGACCCGGCCGUCUACAAUCAUCUCGUCGCAGACAUUUCCAGAUCCGAGGCCAAGAGAGUCGAGGGCCUCCUGCAGCUCGGCUACAAGGUUCUGCUGUUCCACGGCCAGUUUGACCUGCGCGACGGCGUCAUGGGCCAGACCGAGUGGAUCGACGGCCUCGACUGGCAUGGCCGCGACGAGUACGGCAAGGCCGAGAGAACCAUUAUGCACCUCGCCGGUGAGCUGGCGGGCUAUGCCACCCGAGCCGCCAAUCUGUGGAGAGUGGAAGUGCUGCAGGCAGGACACUUGGCUCCAAUGGAUCAAGGCAAGCGCCUCAAGGAGCUUAUUGAGCUCUGGGUCGAUGGCGAGCUCUGAAUGGGGAGGGAGCCCAUCCUGCUGAAGUGAAUGAUCGUGUUGGCGAGUUGGCGAGUUGGAAGUGUGAUCAUGUUGCAUGGAGGAGCGAUUCCAUCCGAGUGUCUGAAAAAACAUCGAUCCAUAU